AUGGGGGUGCCCAGCCCAUCAGAUGCGAAUCUAGCCUGCACCUUAGCAAAAGUAGGUGUGCUAGAAGUUCCAGCAUUGCUGAAAUCUGAAACAGAAGAUAUAUCUAGUUCUGUUACUGAAGAACUUGCGGAUAACGAAUUGAAAUUAAAAAAAUCUGGUCUGAAUCAAGUCACCAUGCAAACAAACAUAUCUACUACCAUUGCAUAG